CCCGCCCCCCGUCCAAUGCUGAGCUCAGUCUGCGUCUCGUCCUUCCGCGGGCGCCAGGGGGCCGGCAAGCAGCAGACCGCACAACCGCCGCAGCCUCCCGACUCCCCUCCGCCGCCGCUGCCGCCGCCGCCGCUGCAGCAGCAGCAGCAGCUGCCUGCGCAGCCCGGCCCCGCCGCGUCCCCGGCGGGCGCCCCGGCAUCCCGCGGGCCCGGGGACCGGCGCGCCGAGCCAUGCCCCGGGCUGCCGGCGGCGGCCAUGGGGCGGCACAGCGGCGGCGGUGGCGACAGCGGCAAGAUCGUGAUCAACGUGGGCGGCGUGCGCCAUGAGACGUACCGCUCGACGCUGCGCACCCUCCCGGGGACGCGGCUGGCCUGCCUGACGGAGCCCGAGGCGGCGGCGCGCUUCGACUACGACCCCGGCACCGACGAGUUCUUCUUCGAUCGGCACCCGGGCGUCUUCGCCUACGUGCUCAACUACUACCGCACCGGCAAGCUGCACUGCCCGUCCGACGUGUGCGGGCCGCUGUUCGAGGAGGAGCUCGGCUUCUGGGGCAUCGACGAGACCGACGUGGAGGCCUGCUGCUGGAUGACCUACCGGCAGCACCGCGAUGCCGAGGAGGCGCUCGACUCCUUCGAGGCGCCCGACUCCGCGGGCGGCGCCAAUGCUGCCAACGCCGCGGGCGCCCACGACGCGGGCCUGGACGACGAGGCGGGCGUGGGCGGCGGCGGCCUGGACGGCGCGGGCGGCGAACUCAAGCGCCUCUGCUUCCAGGAAGCGGGCGGCGGCGCCGGGGGACCGCCAGGGGGCGCGGGCGGCGCAGGCGGCACGUGGUGGCGCCGCUGGCAACCUCGCGUGUGGGCGCUCUUCGAGGACCCCUACUCGUCGCGGGCAGCCAGGUAUGUGGCCUUCGCCUCCCUCUUCUUCAUCCUCAUCUCCAUCACCACCUUUUGCCUGGAGACCCACGAGGGCUUCAUCCACAUCAUCAACAAGACGGUGACGCAGGCCUCCCCGAUCCCUGGGGCGCCCCCGGAGAACAUCACCAACAUCGAGGUGGAGACGGAGCCCUUCCUGACCUACGUGGAGGGCGUGUGCGUGGUCUGGUUCACCUUCGAGUUCCUCAUGCGCAUCACCUUCUGCCCGGACAAGGUGGAAUUUCUCAAGAGCAGCCUCAACAUCAUCGACUGCGUGGCCAUCCUGCCCUUCUAUCUCGAGGUGGGCCUGUCGGGCCUCAGCUCCAAGGCCGCCAAGGACGUGCUGGGCUUCCUGCGGGUCGUCCGCUUCGUGCGCAUCCUGCGCAUCUUCAAGCUCACGCGGCACUUCGUGGGGCUGCGCGUGCUGGGCCACACGCUGCGCGCCAGCACCAACGAGUUCCUGCUGCUCAUCAUCUUCCUGGCGCUGGGCGUGCUCAUCUUCGCCACCAUGAUCUACUACGCGGAGCGCAUUGGCGCCGACCCGGAUGACAUCCUGGGCUCCAACCACACCUACUUCAAGAACAUCCCCAUCGGCUUCUGGUGGGCCGUGGUUACCAUGACAACCCUGGGCUACGGAGACAUGUACCCCAAGACGUGGUCGGGGAUGCUGGUCGGGGCGCUGUGUGCCCUGGCGGGGGUGCUCACCAUCGCCAUGCCCGUGCCCGUCAUUGUCAACAACUUUGGCAUGUACUACUCGCUGGCCAUGGCCAAGCAGAAGCUGCCCAAGAAGAAGAAUAAACAUAUCCCCCGGCCCCCGCUGCCCGGCUCACCCAAUUACUGCAAGCCCGACCCGCCAUUGCCGCCCCUGCCUCCCCCUCACCAUGGCAGUGGUGGUAUCAGCCCCCCGCCUCCCAUCACCCCGCCCUCCAUGGGGAUGACGAUGGCCGGGGCCUACCCUCCGGGGCCCCACUCGCACCCCGGGCUGCUCAGGGGGGGAGCGGGUGGGCUCGGGAUCAUGGGGCUGCCCCCUCUGCCAGCCCCUGGGGAGCCCUGCCCGUUGGCUCAGGAGGAAGUGAUUGAGAUCAACCGGGCAGAUCCCCGCCCCAACGGGGACCCAGCAGCAGCUGCGCUCGCCCAUGAGGACUGCCCAGCCAUCGACCAGCCCGCCAUGUCCCCGGAAGACAAGAGCCCCAUCACCCCUGGGAGCCGGGGCCGCUACAGCCGGGACCGAGCCUGCUUCCUGCUCACGGACUACUCCCCUUCCCCUGAUGGCUCCAUCCGGAAAGCCACCGGUGCUCCCCCACUGCCCCCCCAGACUGGCGUAAGCCAGGCCCCCCAAGCUUCUUGCCCGACCUCAACGCCAACGCUGCGGCCUGGAUAUCCCCCUAGUGGACGAACCCCCUCCCCCCGGGCUCUUGUCACCGCCUGAGGCCUCGAGAGACCCUCGGCCCCCCCUGCCCCUUCCCCCCAGGUUACGAGAAAUCCCGCAGCCUGAGCAGCAUCGCGGGCCUGAGCGGGGUGUCCCUGCGCCUCGCGCCCCUAGCCACUCCCCCCGGCUCUCCCAGGGCCGCCCGCCGCGCUCCCCCAACCUUGCCC